AUGCCGCGCACCUCCCCCCGAACCCCCCUUGCCCGAGGGCAACCCGGCAUCCAGAGUUUUGCAAGAGCGACCAAACCCGGCGCGCCUGCACUCGGCGCCGCCGCCGACCGCAAGAAGCCCGGCACCGGUCUCGCCCCUUCGCCUUCCAAGAAGCGGAAACUCAACGAGCUCGAGAACGUCGACUGCUCGACCCGAGGAAAGGGGGACACCGCCGCGGCCGACGCCCCCGGUUGCCUCACCCCGUCAAAAUCGCUCCGCAUCAGCGACUUGUCGCUGUCGACGCCUCGGAGUGGCCAUUAUGUUUCAUUGGCGCGGUCGCGCACGUUGGCCGCGGGUGACAGGCCCGUCGCUGCGUCUAGUCCCUCGAAACGGGCGGCCAGAAGCGUCCCCCGCCGGACUGCGCCUGUUCUCCUUGCUCGUCCGUCGGCCGUCAAUGACGUCCUGGGUCUGCAUUCGGCCUUCCUGAAGGCUCUCACAAUCCAUGCGGCUCAUCAGGGUUCAUCGACACCGGCGGACAUGCGGGAGUUUCUGUAUAGCGUGGAGCGGUUGUGGAAGAAGCGCAAGGUCGUUGUUAAGGAUAUCCAGCGCCUUCUGUGGAUCCGGGAUCAAUGCCAUGCAGAUGUUGGGCCGGCUUACCGGCUUGCGAAUUACGGCCUCGGACGGGUCUGUCUGGAGAAGCUCGUCCGGGAAGGACGGAAGGACCGGGUCAACGAGACCGAGUCGCAGGAGAAGUUCGAGGAAACGAUUGACCUCCUGUGGGAAAAGGCCCUGGAUGCAGCAGGGGGCGACGAGGACCAGGUAGAUUUUGUCAACACGCUGGGCGUCGCCCCCGUCCAUGAGUCGUUGACGCCAUUCACGGCCUUCCGCAAGGGCCAGCAGCGACUCCAGGAUCUGAAGGGCGGCGUGAUCAAGAUGAAAACUGAGAGGCUCCGUGCAGGUCCUCAAGCCGCCACGCCGGAGAAAACCCCCGAAGCGACGACCGCGCGUCGUACCGGUCUGCUGGAUCGUAUUAGAGACAAGGCGCUACGACAGUCCAAGCUGCCGCCUCCGCCGACCAAGGAGAUGUUACUCCAUCGGGCGGCGGUCCAGCACGUGGAGGAAGUUGCCGGUGUGCUUUCUCUGCUGAAGCCGGCGGGAUAUGUGGGCACGGGCAUCAAGGCGCUGGUUGCGACGCGAAGGACGCCGUUCCGGAUGGAGAUGAUUGUACAGAAUGUGCAAGAUUCUCUUCGAACCCCGAUCUCGGAGAAGGAGGUUGAAGUCGACGACGAAGUCGGUUUCAUCCGCUUCUACCGCUCACUUGCGUCGGACAGCAGCGACGACACCAUUCGUGUCUUUGACCGCGGCGACUGGUACUCCGCCCAUGGUGCCGAAGCCGAAUUCAUCGCCCGUACAGUGUACAAGACCACCUCCGUCCUCCGCAAUCUAGGCCGCAGCGAGACGGGCGGUCUCCCGUCCGUGACCCUGAGCGUGACCGUCUUCCGCAACUUUCUCCGCGAAGCUCUCUUCCGACUGAACAAGCGCAUUGAAAUCUGGGGCAAUGUCGGCACCGGCAGAGGCCACUGGAAACUGGUGAAGCAGGCAAGCCCGGGGAACCUGCAGGAUGUGGAGGACGAACUGGGCAGCGUGGGCGGGCUGACGAUGGAGUCGGCCCCGAUCAUCCUGGCCGUCAAGAUCUCGGCGAAAGCGUCCGAGGCGCGGAGCGUGGGGGUGUGCUUCGCGGACGCGAGCGUGCGGGAGCUCGGCGUGAGCGAGUUCCUGGACAACGAUGUGUACUCGAACUUUGAGUCGUUGGUGAUCCAGCUGGGCGUCAAGGAGUGUCUCGUGCAGAUGGAUACUAACCGGAAGGAUGUCGAGCUGGGCAAGAUCCGGGCGAUCGCGGAUACAUGCGGCAUUGCCAUCUCGGAGCGACCGGUGGCGGAUUUCGGUAUCAAGGAUAUCGAGCAGGACCUCACGCGGUUGCUGCGAGCGGAGCACUCGGCGGCCACGCUGCCGCAGACGGAGCUGAAGCUGGCCAUGGGCUCUGCCGCGGCGCUGAUCAAGUACCUGGGUGUCAUGUCGGACCCGACGAACUUCGGCCAGUACCAGCUUUACCAGCAUGACCUGUCGCAGUUCAUGAAGCUGGAUGCGUCUGCGCUCCGUGCGCUCAACCUCAUGCCGGGUCCGCGGGACGGAUCGAGGUCGAUGAGUCUGUUUGGCCUGUUGAACCACUGCAAGACACCCGUGGGGAGCCGGCUGCUGGCGCAGUGGUUGAAGCAGCCGCUCAUGGAUCUGGGCGAGAUUGAGAAGCGGCAGCAGCUUGUGGAGGCGUUUGUCGAGAAUACCGAGUUGAGACAGACAAUGCAGGAGGAACACCUGCGCUCGAUCCCGGACCUGUAUCGACUGGCGAAACGAUUCCAGAGGAAACAGGCGAACCUGGAGGAUGUUGUGCGGGUGUACCAGGUUGCAAUCCGGCUGCCGGGUUUCGUUGCGUCUCUGGAGAACGUCAUGGACGAGCAAUACCAAACGCCCCUGGAGACCGAGUACACGUCGAAAUUGCGCAGCCAUUCGGACAGCCUGGCGAAGUUGGAGGAGAUGGUGGAGACUACGGUUGACCUUGAUGCGCUGGAGAACCACGAGUUCAUCAUUAAGCCCGAAUUCGAUGAAAGCCUUCGGAUCAUUCGAAAGAAGCUCGACAAGCUCCGACAUGACAUGAAUGUCGAACACCGCAGGGUCUCGCGAGACCUGGGGCAGGAGGUGGACAAGAAGCUGUUUUUGGAGAACCACCGCGUCCACGGCUGGUGCUUCCGACUUACUCGCAACGAGGCGGGCUGCAUUCGAAACGCCAAAGAGUACCAGGAGUGCUCUACGCAGAAGAACGGCGUCUACUUUACUACCUCGACCAUGCAAACCCUGCGUCGAGAGCACGACCAACUGUCUUCUAACUAUAACCGAACCCAGACCGGCUUGGUCCAUGAGGUCGUCAACGUCGCGGCAUCCUACUGUCCUGUUUUGGAACAGCUCGCUGGCGUCCUCGCCCACCUUGAUGUGAUUGUUAGUUUCGCGCAUGCCUCCGUGCAUGCCCCGAGCUCCUACGUCCGUCCCAAGAUACACCCUCGCGGCACUGGCAACACAGUUCUGAAGGAAGCGCGCCACCCGUGUAUGGAGAUGCAGGAUGAUAUCUCCUUCAUCACGAACGAUGUGUCUCUAAUCCGGGACGAGUCGUCCUUCCUCAUCAUCACCGGCCCUAACAUGGGUGGUAAAUCCACCUACAUUCGACAGAUUGGCGUCAUCGCCCUGAUGGCUCAGACCGGCUGUUUCGUUCCCUGCUCUGAGGCAGAGCUCACCAUCUUUGACUGCAUCCUCGCCCGUGUGGGUGCAAGCGAUUCCCAGCUCAAGGGUGUCUCCACCUUUAUGGCUGAGAUGCUCGAGACAUCCAACAUUCUAAAGUCCGCCACUUCCGAGUCCCUAAUCAUCAUUGACGAACUUGGUCGCGGAACGAGCACAUACGAUGGCUUCGGGUUAGCGUGGGCCAUCUCAGAACACAUCGUCACGGAGAUCCGCUGUUUCGGUCUCUUCGCGACCCAUUUCCACGAGCUGACCGCGCUUGCUGAUCGAUACCCCAAAUCGGUCAAGAACCUGCAUGUCGUCGCCUUUAUCGGCGACGGCACAAGCGGCGAUAACGAGGAAAACAAGUCCAAACAGAACCAUGUCACCCUGCUGUACCGCGUGGAACCCGGCAUCUGCGACCAGUCUUUCGGUAUUCAUGUAGCCGAGUUGGUCCGCUUCCCAGACAAGGUGGUCAACAUGGCUCGGCAAAAGGCCGAAGAACUCGAAGAUUUCACCUCUGCGGACCAAACCGAGCAGCAGUCUGCGAUGGCGGUCGAUGGCUGUUCUCAGGAAGAGGUCGAGGAGGGCAGUGCGCUUCUCAAAGCCAUGUUGCUGAAGUGGAAGAAUGAGAUCUCCGGCAAGCAAUUGACGGUCGAGGAGAAGCGGCAAAUCAUGCGUGAUCUUGUCAAGGCGGAUGAGAAGCUCCAAGGGAACAAGGUCUUUCAGGGCAUUAAGGCUCUUUAG